AUGGGAUUAUUUCAGGUUGAGGGAUGGGAUUUAGAUUCCAAGCAGGUGUUAUUUCAUAGUGCAAAUAAAAAAUUGAAUAUAAAGAAGAAUGAUAGAAAGGCAAGAAAGAACAACAAGCUAAAGGAUGCAAAAUCAAAGGAAGAAAUAGAAGAAUCAAAGAAAGACAUAAAGGAACCAAAGAAGGACAUAGAAGAGGUCACAACUCAGAAGAUAAAAUCUGAUUCUGCUACAAAGAAACGUCCACAUGAUCAGGAAUCAGAACCAUCUUCAAGUAAUAAGAAGGUAACUCCCAACACCAAAAAACCGCCUUUAACUCCUCUCCAGCAGAAAAUGUUAGCUAAACUUUCAGGAUCCAGGUUCCGGUGGAUUAAUGAGCAGCUCUACACCAUUAGUUCUAAUGAUGCACUUAAGUUAAUGAAAGAACAACCAGCUCUUUUUGACGAAUACCACGAGGGUUUUAGGUCCCAGGUUCAAUCUUGGCCAGAAAAUCCAGUCGAUGUUUUUGUCCAACAAAUAAAAGCCAGAGCUAUGAAGCCAGUUAAUGCACCUGGUGGUUUGCCAGGUCUUAAAGAUAAGAAGAUUGUUCUUGCCGACAUGGGUUGUGGGGAGGCUACUUUAGCAUUACAUGUCAACGAGAUGUUCAAGAAUCAUAAUAAGAGAACCAAGUACAAAAAGAACUGGGAGGUGCAUAGCUUUGACCUUAAAAAAGCCAAUGAUAGAAUAACUGUUGCUGAUAUCAAAAAUGUCCCACUGCCGGAUAAUUCGUGCACUAUAGUGGUUUUCUGUCUUGCGUUAAUGGGAACCAAUUUCUUAGAUUUUAUUAAAGAGGCUUACAGGAUCUUAGCGCCCCGAGGUGAGCUAUGGAUAGCCGAAAUCAAGUCUCGUUUUAGCGAUAAUGGUGAUGAAUUUGUUAAUGCACUUAAGUUGAAUGGUUUUUUCCACAAAACUACAGAUGACCAGAACAAAAUGUUCACAAGGUUUGAAUUCUUUAAGCCACCCAAGGAAAUCCUUGAGGAAAGAAAGGCUAAACUGGAAAGAAGGCAGAAGUUCAUCGAAGUUGAGACAGAAAAGGAAGAAUUGGAGAAGAAGAGAACUAGUACGCCUGAAGGUAAGUGGCUGUUGAAACCAUGUAUAUACAAGCGAAGGUAA